AUGAUUCCAAUAUUACCAUUUCUAUAUUUGGGAGACAGGGAUGACAUAGAUCAUGUUGAAAAUCUUAAAGAGAAGAAUGUACAGGCACUGGUAAUAUGUUGCACUUAUAUCGAGUACCCUGAAGAUAAAGUCCCAAAUGGAUUUGCGAAAUUACGAGUUAAUUUGGAAGACAUAGGAAUGGAACAAAUAUCUUCCUAUUUUGAGGAAUCCAAUAAUUUUAUUCAUUCGUAUGUUAAGAAGGAGCAGGGAGUUCUCAUCUCAUGCUGCCAAGGGAUCAGCAGAUCGUCCACGAUGUCUAUAGCCUAUCUGAUGGGAAAGCAGAAUUUUUGCCUCCUUGAAGCAUUCAACUUUAUAAUGGAGAAGAAGACCAUCUGCCCGAACAUUGGAUUUAUUGAGCAGCUGUGUGACUAUGAAAAAGUUUUAAAGAACAAAAUUACCUUUUCCUCCAAGAAGUACAUAAACUGGUUUACCUCCGAGAUGUAUGACAACAACGUAAUGACGGAUUUCUGUCUGGAUUGCAAAAAGAACACUACGUAG